GCCUUUUGGUGGGGGGCGCUUCCGGUGGGGGAUCCCGGUGGGGGUCCGUGGCCUGCAAGGCUUCCGGUGGGCUGCUGUGGGGGGCUUUCAGUGGGGGUUCUGGAGCAUCGUAAUGGCUCCAAAGAGGAGGAAUGGGGAGGGGGAGGGUUCUCAGGAGCCCUUCAAGCCCGUCAGCUCGGAGGAGCAGCGCGAGACAAUUGCUCGCUGCUGUAUUUUCAAGUACCUUACGAAGGGGCAGACACUGGACAGUUGCAAGGGGAACUAUAAAAUGAAAUGUAAUUUCUGCAACAAGCCCCCUUUUCAGGGGAGUCAAUCGCGGGGGGCGGACCACUUCGCCAAGGGGCGGUGCCCGAGGGUAACGCCGGAGGGAGGGGGUGGAUGGCAAGGGAGGAGAGCACUGCGACGACGACGGUUGUGUCGGCGCAGGGGGGAGAACUGCUUGACGCGGGCCACUGGGCGAGGGAGCAAAGGGGGACGGCGACGACGAGGAUGUGGAGGAGUUAGGAGCAUCCCUGCAAGGGGGGGGUUUAGAGAGCCACGUGCGGGUUGUCAGCCGACGGGGCAUGUCGCUAUGGAUGGACGUGGGAAGAGGAGGGCAGACACUGCUCCUACGGCGAGCGCUCCGGAGCCGAAGCGCUUGAAGCAGGUUAGGUUGGACGAGGUAUACGGUCCGGAGUGGCAGGCCACCUUCGACCAUCUGUUCGUUCAGUGGUGGUAUAUCAGUGGCAUCCCAUUUGAGACGGCGAGGAUGGCGGAGUAUGGGGCCCUCUCACAGCAUGUGCUGAACAUGCCGAGGGGUGUGAAGCCUGCUUUGCCACAGUUCAGGCGCAUAGCAGGCAAUGAGAUACAGGAGGAGCGUUUGCACAUAGCUGAUAAGCUACGUGACAUACGCGGUCAGAUGGACCACACAGGGGUCACCAUCCUCAUAGAUGGGAGGAAGUCGCUGAACUUUGAGCCCAUCAUCAACUUCCUGGCAGUUGGACAGUCGGGCGCCUUCCUUUACACGACAGUUCGCAGGGAAGGGGUUGAUGCAGAGACUGCAGAUGUGGUGUUGCGGCGGUGGAAAAAGGUGUUCGAGGACUUCGGCGCGAAGAAGAUAAAUGCUAUCUGCACGGACUCCGCAUCAGUUUAUGUUGCUGCUGGCCGCGCACUUCGUGAUGACCCCGAUCCAGAUAUUCGUCGCAUCCCUUGGCUCCCUUGUUCGGUCCAUUGCUGCAACUUGAUGUUGUCUGACAUGGUCAAGGACAAGACAUGGGCCAUUGAGUUGCUGACGAGGGCGAGGGCGGUUGUGCACUUCAUCAUGUCGCACGGUUCGGAUCUCGCCUUGUUCAGGAUUUACAGCGCUAGGGCCGAUCGCGACACACGGGGCGGGCGUGUCAGUGGCAGCACCGCAAGCGGAGAGGAGGCACGCGGCAGAGGACGACGGGGCCGAGAGUUCACUCAGCAGAAGAAGGUGGCAGAAAUGACACUGGAGUACAUUUGCACGCACACAGGCUUCGACCGACGGGGUGAGAGGUACCGAUUGGUCCGUCAGCAGCUGUACGACUUCCACUCCCGUGGUCCGAGAUAUGAUUGGGGUGGAGAUGAUGGCACCGGGGACGAGGAUCUGUGCCAGGGGGUGGACGAGACACAGGCGAUUGCUGAUUGUUGGGUUCUGCACGGCGGGUGUGCCCCUGAGCUUUGUAGCAUCGCCACACGUCUGAUGUACACGUGGGUAUGCGCCUCUCCUGCACAGAGGAACUGGGCGCUAGAUGAGCGCAUCCACGAGAAGCGCCACAACGGCUUGGACUUCAUGAAACUGACCGAAAUGGUUGAGAUGUGCGCGAACAAGAAGCUCCUGACAUGUAGAGCGAGGAGGAGGGGACUCGUCUUGCCGUGGGGUGAUGUGGAGGAGGGGUUGGACGACGUCCCAGAGCCACACCGUUCAGGCACUCUGCCACCGGGAUCGCUCACAGACGCGGAGAUCAAACGGCAGGCGCGCAAGGUCCAUGUGUUCCGCUCUCGACAAUGGAAUGCGCUCGCAAUGGCUCUGUCGAUCCCGAGACCGCAUAUCACUGGCGGCCGCAUGCUCACUCCCGCUGGAGUCCUCACCACCCUCGGGCGCAUCACUGCCCCCCUGCUCCAACUCCUUUGGGUCCGUGCAUGCCUCUGCCUCCAUCUCGUCCGCAGCCUGUGGGUCGACGGGCGGCUCGUACUCAAUCUCCUCGUGGUACAGCUCGAUAUGAGCCGCGCAUAUGUCGUGGAGGCGGUCACUGCCGCUAGAUUAGCAGCGGAGUCUCGACACGCCAGUCAUGUGACGGGGACGGUCGAUGGCCACAACGGGGAUGACGACGACACCAGGGUGGGGUUGGAUGACACAUUUGGCGACGGGAUUGCACGGCGACGUGAUGACGACGAGGGGGACGGGGACGACGUUGCUGUCACGGCUGAUGCGGGGGGGUUGCCUGUGUGCGAUGGCACCGACGAGGACCGACAGCUGGAUGUAGCACAUGUCGCGUUGACGGAUGCUCUAAAACAUCGCCCUGAGGUGGAGGAUGUUGUACCAGAUCGCAUUGAGGAGGACAUGGACCCUGAUGGAGCAGUUCGCACCGCCCCCGUUGGUGCACCGGCGGUCACCGUGUCCCCGCUGGAGCACCACGCUGCCGGGAUCGAUCCAUUGAUGGGCAGGAGCAGGCAUAUAUUGCAACGGCUAUGGAAGGUCGUGCCUCUAUCUUCUUUACUCCCCGUGAGUCCGUCACUGCCCUCCGGUGUAUCGGGGGAUGAUGCGAGGUCCAUGGAGAUGGCAGACCUGUUCGAGCAAUUGACAGGUCAGAGAGUCAUUGAGCCAGGAGGGGUGUCAUGGGGAGCAGGGUCAGCAGGUGCGGGGGCACGGCCGAGGUCCCCGGGGGCGGUGAGUGGACGACGAGGCGAGUCUGGUGCCAGUGUUGUCGGCGGGGGAGCUGGGCGCACAGUCGCAAUUGCACAGCCGACACUUUCAGGUGCGAGUGUUGGUGGGGGGGACGCAGCGGCAGCAGCAGCGACGCCCCAAGGGCGUGGCCAUGUGGAGGCUUCUCCGUCCCCUUCAUCGAAGGGGAAGGGGAAGUCUGUGUCGUGGAGCGACAUCAGCAGGGUCACCAAAAAACUCAAGGAUGCUAUGCCUGGGGUCACGGGUGAGAGGAGGGAUCGUGGUGGGAGGUUAUCAGAGAUGUUUGCGGAUGCAGCAGGGUGGGUACGGAAGGGAGAUAGGUUAGAGCAUCCGCGUGCUGGGUCGUCAAGUGUUGUCGAUGGACAGGGCAGGACGAUGGUUGCACCGCCGUCACGACCGCCCACAGCAAGAGCGGCACAUCGCGAUGGCCAGCGACCCCCUAAGGGGCGAUCUUCGACACGUGCUCCGGCGGUUGGCCGACUUCCACACCCGUUCUCGGAGGAUAUUGUAAAUCCUACCACACUGCCGAGUAGCCGUGGAGGUUGUUUGUCAACUGCGCACAGGAUACUCGAGGAGGAGCCGCGGCUUUAGACAGGAACUGGACCGGGCAGUCGUCGAGCGUCCGGGGGCCACACGAAGGAUUCCGCGACGGAU